GAGCUUUAUCAAAUUGUGAUAUCUACUAUCAAUGGUGUCAUUCGACAUGGGACCCGAGUCUUCUUCUUAUCAGUUCAAAUUCCAUUCAUAAACAAGUAACUGUCGUCCUUCGAUGCCCUUCUUGAUUCUCUUCUACAAGAUUUAAUCCUCUCAAUGCUAAGAAAAAUGGCAUCAGAAGCCGCAGCUCGUACCUUCUUCUCCUCUCCUUACUUCGCUGUCGUAGGCGCCUCUUCGGACCCUGCAAAGUUUGGACAUAAAAUAUUCGCAUGGUACACGGCCUACGGUCUUCCAGCAACUCCUAUCAACCCCUCCUCCCCCUCCAUUAAAGUCGGUUCCACCGAUUACUCCACUCUUCCCUCAAUCUCCGCUCUCCCCCAUCCAACCGAGACCGGUGUCUCUAUCAUCACUCCUCCAAAAAUCACAAAGAAAGUCUUGGAGGAGGCAAAAGCUCUGGGAAUCAAGAGUGUGUGGUUGCAGCCCGGAACAUAUGAUGAUGAGAUUCUAGGAUUUGCUUUGAAAGAGUUUGAGGGUGGGGUUGGAGGUGAGGAGGGGGGAACCGUAGGAGGAGAGGGCUGGUGUGUUUUGGUUGAUGGAGAGAGAGCUGCUAAGGCUGCCGGUAGAGAUUUGAAGCUGUGAGGAGAGGGAAAGUUGGCUCGGACUAGUAAUGAGGGUGAUAUGCUAUAAACACUCGUGUUGAAUUUCACCUACUUUCCUCAAUUUGAAAUAUAGAUUGUUUCGGAAUCUGGAGAGCUUUGAGAGACAUCUAGGGAUAAGUCUCAACUUGGAGUAACUACAACCUUGGCCUGACAUAUUCGCGACGUUUGAGAAUCAUAUAUGGCAAGCCGUCAUUAUCAUUUCCCACCAUGUAACUAAAUUGGUGAAUUUCCGCUUCGACACGAAUCACAUCCUGCUGUGAAGUCAACGAAGAUGAAAAUGAACAGCUUCAUUCAUUUACUUGGUUGUUCCAAGGGAAUCAAGACGAGUAUCUCAUCUAAAGUGUAUCCA